CUUGUCUUUGGAUUCCUCUCUUUUCUUUUUCCCUAAUUUCGAAAGGCCCCAAACACAAGGGUUUCCGUCAUCUUCAGAUCCCUGCAUCUGCGCCUCCGAAAUAAAAUCCAGUAUGGUGAGGGGGAAGCUCAUAUUGAUCUGCCAGGUCGGUGGUGAAUUUGUGACAAACAAUGAUGGAUCCUUGUCAUAUGGUAGAGGAGAUGCACAUGCGUUAGAUAUCAGUUCUGAGACAGGCUUUGAUGAUCUCAAGGUCAAAUUGGCUGAGAUGUGCAACUUCGAAUGUGAUUCUUUGUCCAUAAAGUAUUUUCUCCCAGGGAACAAGAGAACACUUAUUACUAUAGCCAAUGACAAGGACCUAAAAAGAAUGAAGGAUUUUCAUGAGAACUCAGUAACUGCAGAUAUUUUUGUUAUGGGGAAGGAAGGAUUUGAUCCUAGAUCUCUUGACCUGAAUGCUAAUAGGGAAACUGGAAUAAAACAAGCUGAAACUGUAACUGCUGCUGGGGCAUCUCGAUCUGCUGCAAACACCCCUACUACUUCAAAAGUUGCUCCCCGGAAGAAGUCUCGCAAUGCUAAACCUGCUGACUCUGUAAAUGCUGUCAAUGAAACACCCCGAAGCCACUCUAGAUCAGCUGUUACCUCGAAAAAAAGUCGUGCUGCUCGUACUGCUUCUGAUGAUGGGGUUGAUGUUAAUUUGACCCCAAAUGGUACUGAAACUACUGCUGAUGCAACUGACCACAGCCCAGAUACAAUUGACAUGAGUGCUACUCCUGCCGAUACUGUUAAGAAGAGAAGGCGAACUGCAUCCUGGAGAUUUGGUGCAAAUGGUCCUGCCAUUGUUUCUGUUACAGAAGAUGAUGAGGAGAGUCAGGAGAUGACAAAAAGUACACCCCGGAGAAAGAAUAGCAGAGCUCGUUGGCUUGAUUCAGUCACUAAAGAUGUGGAACAGCAGAUUGAUAGUGAAUCUUGGAGUGAUGAUUCUGAUUCUGACUCACUUGUUCCCAGCUCUAGUAAUAAUUCAAUAAGGAAACUAGUUGCUUCAUGGAAGAAAGGUAUCACUGGUGAAGGCCAGGAUUUCAAGGGCGUGCAGGAAUUUCGUGAAGCACUGCAGAAAUUUGCCAUUGCACACCGAUUUGGUUACAAGAUGAGAAAGAAUGAUGCAACCAGAGUAAGUGGCUUCUGUGUAGCUGAAGGUUGUCCCUGGAGAAUAGUUGCGUCUUGGGUUCCAUCUGAAAGAGUCUUUAGGAUAAAAAAGAUGAAUGAAACACAUACAUGUGGUGGGGAAUCUUGGAAGUCUGCUCAUCCAGCAAAAAAUUUGUUGGUGAAUAUCAUCAAGGAUAGGCUAAAAGACAGCCCUCAUCACAAACCAAAGGAAAUUGCUAAAGGCAUUCUUCAGGAUUUUGGGCUUCAGCUAAACUAUUCGCAAGUAUGGCGUGGAAUUGAAGAUGCCCGGGAACAACUUCAGGGUUCCUAUAAAGAGGCUUAUAAUCAGUUGCCUUGGUAUUGUGAGAAGAUAGAAGAGGCAAAUCCUGGCAGUUUUGCAAAGCUUCUAAUUGGUGAUGAAAAGAAAUUUCAGCGUCUUUUUCUGUCCUUUCAUGCCACCAUACAUGGUUUCGAAAGUGGUUGUCGCCCACUUCUUUUCCUUGAUGCAAUAUCAUUAAAAUCAAAAUACCAUGAGAUGUUGUUGACAGCCACUGCACUUGAUGGCGAUGAUGGUAUUUUCCCUGUUGCAUUUGCCAUUGUUGAUGUUGAGAAUGAUGAAAGUUGGAGGUGGUUUUUGGAGCAGUUGAGAUCUGCAGUCUUGACUUCUCAGCCCAUAACUUUUGUCUCAGACAAAGACAAGGGUUUAAUGAAGUCUGUGCUUGAAGUGUUUGAGAAUUCUCACCAUGGUCAUUCAAUAUACUACUUGAUGGACAGCUACAUAAGAAACUUGAAGGGCCCUUUUCAAGGAGAGGGAAGGGCUUCUUUGCCUGGAAAUUUGUUGGCUGCAGCCAGAGCAGUCCGACAUGAUGGCUUCAAGAUGUUUGCUGAGCAAAUUAAACGAGUUUCUUCAAUUGCUUAUGAUUGGAUCAUGCAGAAUGAGCCCGAGUAUUGGGCAAAUGCACUUUUCAAGGGUGAGCUCUUUAGUCAAAUAACUUUUGAUGUUGCAGAAUCAUAUGCUAAUUGGGUAGAAGAAGCUUGGGAACUUCCAAUCAUACAGAAGGUGGAAUUUCUAAGAUGUAAGGUAAUGGAGCUCAUAAAUAGUCGUCAAACAGAUUCAAGUAAAUGGUCUACUAAACUUACACCUUCAAAGGAGGAAAUUGUAAAAGAAGAAAGUUUUAAAGCACGGUAUCUGAAGGUACUAUUCUCAUCUGAUACACUGUUUGAGGUUCACGAUACCUCAAUUAAUGUUGUAGAUCUUAAUAAACGGGAGUGUAGUUGUGUGACAUGGAAAGCAACUGGGCUUCCUUGCUGCCAUGCUAUUGCUGUCUUUAACAGCACAGGUCGGAAUCCUUAUGAUUAUUGUUCAAGAUAUUUCACAGUGGAUUGCUUCCGUACUACAUACUCCGAGUCAGUAAACCCAGUGCCAGCCAUUGUUAAUCCUGGGGUGAGAGAAGAAGCCAUGCCAGAUGAUGAGCAGGUACUUCCUCCAGGCAACAUACGGGCUCCACCACCAAUGAAGAAAUAUAAAAGGAGCAAAUCGCACGAUAUCAUCAGAAGAUCAGUUUGCUGCACCAGGUGCAAGGGAGUUGGGCACAACAAGGCUACAUGCAAAGAAACCCUGUAGAGAAAAUGUUUCAUCUUAUCAUACUUUGUCUGGAGGUUUCUUUCUUUUUAACAUUUCAUCUCGAAGGUGUCUCCAUUUUUACUAUAAGUUUUGUACAUUAACAGUGGUUUUCUACUUCUGUUUAUUAGGCGAUUAGAUCUUGGUUUAUUAGUUAGGGUUUAUAAAAUCCCUUUGAAGAUCAAAUUAGGUUUGUGAUGUGCACUGAAUAUGUGAUUUCAAGAGCCUUUCAGUAUCACCAAUUAGCCUCGUGAACCUCUUUUGUUACAUCAUGUACCUUCUUAAGGUCUGUCUAGCUCUU